UGAGGGCAGAGCGGAGAGAAGCGAGGAGACGAGCUGAUGGUUCCACCAAGCCCACUGACACACACUGACACCCCGCCACAGGCUCACUGACACCCCGCCUCUGGCUCACUGACACCCCGCCUCUGGAUCACUGACACGCCGCUACAGGAUCACUGACACACCGCCGCAGGCUCACUGACUCCCCGCAGGCUGAGCAGGACACAUGCUCUUCUCUCUCCGCUGACCCGCCGACACACAGACCAGCACCGGAGCCAUAUUUUGGGAGUUGGAUCAAGAUCUUCCUCAGAGACGAGAAGUUCGCAGCUGCUCAACUUUCCAACAUUUCCUCCUCCUCCUCCUCCUCCUCCUCCUCCUCCUGCUCCUCCAGGAAACCUCGGGACAGGGAGAAGCGGCCCGACUCCUGAACACCACCAGCCCGCCCCGAGCCUUCUUUUUUCUCUGCUUAACUUAUUUUUGUCCACCGUCCUUUUUCUCCGAGCGAGUUUGGUGUUUCAUGUCCACAAAUGUUAGCGGUCGGGCAGAUGGAGGCUAACCGGCAGAGUGCUUUCGUCCUGGGCAGCACCCCGCUGGCGGCGUUGCACAACAUGACCGAGAUGAAGACGUCCCUGUUCCCGUACGCGCUGCAGCAGGGCCCGGCGGGCUUCAAGGCGCCUCAGCUGUCCAACCUCAACUCCCACAUCUCCAUAGGAACUCCGCACGGAAUAAGCGACAUCCUGGGGAGACCCAUCACCACGGCCGGGCAGCUGCUGUCAGGCUUCCCGAGGAUAAACGGCCUGACCACCACCGCAGCCGCCGCGGCGGCGGGGAUGUACUUCAGCCCGGCGGUGUCGCGGUACCCGAAGCCCCUGGCCGAGCUGCCGGGGAGGGCGCCCAUCUUCUGGCCCGGGGUGAUGCAGGGCUCUCCCUGGAGGGACCCGCGGGUUCACUGCCCCUCUCAGGCCGGCAUCAUGAUGGACAAGGACGGCAAGAAGAAACACUCCAGACCCACUUUUUCAGGACAGCAGAUUUUCGCCCUGGAGAAGACUUUCGAGCAGACCAAGUACCUGGCGGGUCCGGAGAGAGCCCGGCUGGCUUAUUCUUUAGGGAUGACCGAGAGCCAAGUCAAGGUUUGGUUUCAGAACAGAAGAACCAAAUGGCGGAAGAGGCACGCGGCGGAGAUGGCCACGGCCAAGAAGAAGCACGACUCGGAGACGGAGAAGAUGAAGGAGAGCUCGGACAACGAGGAGGACGACGAGUAUAACAAACCGCUGGACCCCAACUCGGACGACGAGAAAAUCACGAGACUGUUGAAAAAGCACAAGGCCACCAACCUGGCGCUGAUCAGCCCGUGCAGUAACAGCUCGGACACUUUGUGAUGCCCACAGCUGGGGGGCAAAAGUGGGGGUGGGGGGGCAAAAGAGUCCAACAGGGACUCGUCGCACUCUUUCGGACCCCCUUUCCACCUGACUGCUGUGAACAUGCGUCUGAGGGGGAUGCGCAAUUUGAAAAAUCCAAGUGUGCGCCAUGACGCAUGGAAGACGCGUUUGGCUGCAUCCAAACCCACAUAAACACCCCCCCACACACACACACACGCACACACUCAGACACACACGCACGGUAUGCAAGGAGACUCCAGGUAGAGCUGCAGACUGACCAUGACAAGUUCAUGUCGGUGAAAAAGGACACAGACUAUGUCAGACUAUAUCUGGCAGCUUUACGCAUACAAGUGGAGUUUCAACAACAGGUGUAAAUGUAAAAUACAACAAUCCGGAUCAGUGUUGGACUCAGUUACUUCGGUAGUGACGAAUACUGCUGAUUUACCUUUCUCCUGCAGUGUAACUAAUGACAUUAUUUUAUUUGCACCUCCUUUUUAUUUUAUUUCGGCCUCUUGUCACCUUGAAGGGUUAGGGUCACAUCUGCCCUGCAUGGGAACAGUCAGCACUGAUGCUAUAUUUUCAUCUGAAAACAAAAUGACGUUAUUGUGUCAUUUCCCUCAAUAAUUCAGCUUUUUAUGUGAUUCGUUCUUUUUCUUCGACGCAGUGUCAUGACAGGUGUUUUAUUAGAGGGGAUUUAUCAGCAGCCAACACUGAUCCGGAUCUCAGACGCAUGUUACGCAGUGUCAGGUGUAAACGGGGCCUGUGAUGCUUCUAAAGCUCAGUUUAACCAGGGUAUCCACUGUCCUAGAAGGCGAGCAGGGGAGAAUGUUUGGAGGGGGCGCAGGUUUGAGACGAGUGAAUGUUUUUUGUGCUGUAGCCUGAGGAUGAAAAAUGUACGUGAGAUUGUGUAUAUAUAUUUUUUACUGAAUAAUAAGUUAUGUUGUUUCCGCCUGUGGAAACGUGGCAGUCUUUUUCUUCCCUCCGCAGCCCUGACGCGCUUAUUCCCUCCCGGUUAUUCCCGCUGCUUGGUUUUUGAUUCCUGCAAAGUUAAAGUCGUGCCCUUUUUUUUCCCCUCCAAUCCUCUGUUCAGCACCGGCACACAAAUGUAUAAAACGCUGUAAAUAAUCACUGUAAAGGAAGAAAACCCCGCUUGUUUUAACAUCACACACACCUUUUUGUUUUUUGAUUUUUCUUUUUGAAAGAGUUUAUGUUUUUACCUCAACUCACUGCGGAACAGAAAAAACUGCACCGAGGUUUAUGUUGGAAUUAAAAGAGUAUUAUUGCUUCCGGGAAGGUUAUAGGAAGAAAAACACUUUGUAUUAUGAAUAAAUUAUUUAACAAGCA